UUCCCUGGUGGAAGAGGGGGCGAUUGCUUGGUCAGGACGUCGUCCAUGGCCUUCUCCGACUUCGCCACCGCCGGCCUGGAAUUGAGAUCUCUCGCUCGCAGGGGGCUCGUCCCGAUCGUUGUCUUCGUCACCGCCGCCGUCUCCUGCGCUCUCCUCUACGACACUCUCAUGACGUCUUCCCUCCGUUGGCCUCUCAGCUCUCCCAUGGGCGUGGCCGUCGAUGCCGCCGAACCCGCAGACCAAUUGGAGAUGAUUCUGAGGGCAGCAGACAUGGGGAACAAGACGGUGAUACUGACCACCUUGAAUGAUGCAUGGGCCGAACCUGGAUCGAUUUUGGAUCUGUUCCUCGAGAGCUUCCGCAUCGGCAACGGGACAAGCCAGCUUCUGAACCACAUGGUGUUCAUCACCAUGGACCAGAAGGCGCACGAGCGUUGCCUGUCGAUGCGUGGCCAUUGCUUCGAUCUCAACACCAAGGGCGCCAACUUGUCCGAACAGAAGGACUACAAUACUCCCGACUACUUGAAUAUGAUGUGGCAAAGGUUGGAUUUCCAACGCCAAGUUCUCGAGAAAGGAUACAACUUCAUAGCCACGGACACAGACAUAUUGUGGUUUCGGAAUCCUUUACCACACUUCUACGCGGAGGGGGACUUCCAGGUAUCCUGUGACAGGUUCUUCGGCAACGCCACUGAUCUGGAGAACUGGCCUAGCAAUGGAUUUAACUACGUGAAGUCCAACGAUAGAACCAUACCAUUCUUCAAGUACUGGUACUCAGCAAGGACAAAACAUCCUAACGAUCAUGAUCAGACUGUGUUCAACUACAUCAAGCACGACGCGUUCCUCAGGGAAUUAGGGUUGACGAUUAGGUUCUUGGACACCAAGUACAUUAAUGGGCUCUGUGAGAUACGAAGCAGAGAUUGGAAUGCCAUUUGUACGAUGCAUGCAAACUGUCGUGUUGGUUUAAGCAGUAAGCUAAGUGAAAUGAGAGGUAUGCUUGAUCAGUGGAGAAAAUAUAUGUCCACCAAACACUGAAGGAGGACAAAUUUGCGUGUUGUCUCACAUAUUAUUGGGAAGUGAGGUAUCAUGUCUAACGUUUGACAAUGGUGUCUCGCAGAUUCUUUAGCUGCGUGUAUUACGCACUGGAAAAUAUUGUCUCACAUAUGAUUUAAAUCAUGAAACGCAGGACAAAGGUAUAAGACACAUAAGUAUAUAAGACAAAGGUAUAUCACUCUUAUUGGUUAUCAUAGGACAAAGGUAUCGAAUUGAAUC